AUGCCGCCGCCAUCACUCCUGCAGCUCUGCACGGCGAUUGCGAUUAGGAACGUGAAACAUUUGGACGAUAUCGGAAACAUGCCCUAUACACUUGCUCGUCCAUUUCUAUUAAAGGUGGAGAGCCCCGAGAAGCUGAGAUCUCUGGAACUGAAUUCCCCACACAUUAUGCGAGAUGACGAGGAGCUCUGGCUCGAGUUUAUAAAGCGGGAUAUCCCACGAUGGGAGGAAUACGAUCUACCUGAGAAACCCGAUUGUUGGUAUGACGUAUAUUGUGAUCUUCGGGAACAAGUUCAAAGGGCAGUGGAUGAAGAUGCCGAAAAGCUGAAGCUGGCUCUAGAUGGAAUCAGCUCGGAGCGCGAAAAGCACAGUGCCAAGUUGGUCACGGAUCGACGAAUCAUCGGUCUUCCCCGAGAGAGGCCGACCGCGAAGCAGCGAUAUGCUUCCUUCGAUCGAAGGAUGGGCGGAAUUGCCCCAACAAAAAAGAAAAAUAGCAUAUUCACGGCAACAAGGAGAAAUACCGUUCUGGCUGUGCCAACAAAGCAUCUCAAUAACAGAGCGACCCAGGUCAGGCAGGCUCCACGCUCUUUGAUCGAAGAGCAUAGGCGUCCUGCUGAGCCCGCUGUCCCUCGGCGACAGGCCCCCCAAGCUUUGAGAGCGCCCGGUCGGUCGCUAUCGCAGGUUAGUAUUGGCUCUGCAAGCCAGAACAACCCGACGGUCAAUCCUACCUUGCGGGAGAGGGAAGCCCGUUUACGAGCAAUAACCUCAGGACGGUCCACUAACCCGCAGUCGCAUCCGCCGGGUGCGAGCAGUAGGGCUGUGAGAAAUGUACCGACAUCACCGCCUACAAGCGAUCCGUCCGAGUCUGUAUCAAAAGGAGCGAGAUCCCAACCCAACAUGCAGGCGUCAAAUUCGCACGAUAGCAGUGCGACUAACCCCCAGCUGAAGUCUGGUGUAGCGGACAUGCCAGCAUCCCCGCCGCAACCACCCCGUCCUGCAGCCGUCCGGAAAAGGCCUGCUCCAAGCCUCUUCAUUCAACCCAAGAAGAAGAAAGUAAAUUAA